AUGUCGCCUUCGAAGAAGCCAGUCCUUCAUCCUUUAAAGACACCCAAGACCGCAACCUUUCCGUCUGAACUGCAUGAUGGCCCUCUGUCCAGUGUUUCAGACAAUGUGAAACAGGAAGAUGGUGCCAUGUCUACGCCUAUUACACCUCCUGCGGCCUAUACAGAAUUCCUCAAGGCGCUCACUCCCGUCUUUACCAGCCCAGCCAGUGCUGGUGUGAACUUCCCUAAGUUUCCUUUCGACAAGAGUGUCAACUCGCCUACAUCACAGCCAGCCAGUGCAGUCAGUGGCUCGUUUGCGCUCAGUGAACCGGUGAAAUCAGCAACGGCCUCACUUCCUCCACCGACUCCCUUUGCUGCCCCUCAACAUCCCAAGCGGGAAUUGCCCAAUCCACGUCGUUUGCGGAUCCCGCACCCACAGUCUCUGAGAUUCUCGCCGGUGACGGAUUCCCCCAGAAGUGCGACUACUCUUCGUUCGCCUUUCUCCCCGUCAGAUUGGAAGAUCAGGUAUUUCGAAGCUCCCCGGAGUUCUGGUGGAAAGUCGGUCAGUGUGCGCCAGGUUGUUACUCGUACGGUGACGUACAAACGCACCCAACUCGAGGCUCCUCCCAAAGGAAAGCGACGGAAGUGCUCCUCGGAAACGGAGGAGAGCUGA